UGCAUUUCUGACCCUUCUCCAGCGUCGAUCUGGCUUGGCUGGAGAGUUGUGCAACUUAGAACUGCAGUCAACCAAGCCCUGUAGUCACCCAAUGGAGAGUUGUGCAACUUAAAGCUUCCUUCAUCGCCGCUCCUUCACCUUACUUGGAGUGGACUCAAGAUCGAUUCUACGUGCUGUGCUCAUGACCUUUGCUGGUCGAUAUACAGCCCCCACUUAGUUUCGUCAAGGCUGUAGAUCUUUACAGUUAAUAUUACUAGGCUUUAAGGACGACAACAUGCAGCCCGCCUUAGAGUUAUGUCGAUCAAGGCCUGGAACACUUCCCGCUCUCGUUAACGGAAACCCUACGUCCUGUCAUAGCCAGCUUGAAUCAAAAGCUGUGAAAUACACUUCAUCGGGUCAACUAAUCUGCCUCAAUAAACGCGAGAACUCUGUCAGAUCAGCAUGUUCCUCGCGUUAUCACCACCUGUCAAGAGAUCCGGCUUCAGUGGGAAGCUUACAGAGAUUGACGCUCAUAAAGAUGGACACGAACUACCCCAGUAACCGAUUGACAAGACGGUCACGAGAAGGUGUCACUGCAAACGCAGACGCGCAGGGAGCAUCUGGCAGAAUCAGCUCCUUGCCGCUUUAUUCCAUGUCGCAAUCUUCCGACCAGAAUGCCUCCAGUAGCAGCAGCCGAGGGGCGACGUCCGAUUCAGGCAAUUCCUCUGCUGCGUUUGACAGUUCUGCUCCGUCCCAAGAGCAAACCGAGCAGGAGCAGGUCCAACCACAAGUGGAGCAACAGCAGGAGCAGCCGAAGGAGGAGCAGGCCGCUCAGGGGAAGUUCUGGCGGCGGGUGAAGUUCGGCUCGCUGGCCGGAGUGCUGGCGUUCGGUGGGUUGUUGAUGGGAAGCUGGCUGUUCACGGUUCUGCUGACGGGAGUGGUGCUGCUCGGUACUGCGGAGUACUUCAACCUGGUCAACGCGCGUGCGAAGCUGCUGAACGUGGCCGCGCCUUCGCGGCUGUCGGUCUACAUCGGCUGCAUCGGCUGCGCCAUCAUGCCGCUCAUUGCCAUGGUGAAUGGCGGGCUGUUGACACCGGGAGCGAAGUUUGCUGGCGGGCUGCUGCUGGCCAUGCUGCUGACUCAGCCCAGGCGCCCCCGGUGGAGCCAGUUCACCGGCUAUGUCUGUGGCCUCUUCUACUGCGGCUUCCUGCCCAGCUUCUGGGUCACGCUGCGGUGUGGGUUGGGUUCAUCAGCAGCCACCACGACAUCGCCAGUGGCGAGGCUGUGGCCCGCCUUGCUGGGAGGCUCGUCGCUCUGGACCACGGGGCUCGUGGCCAUCUUCAUGGGCUUUGCCGGGGUCAUUGCCGCUGACACCGGGGCAUACCUGGGCGGGAAAAGCUUCGGCAAGACGCCGCUCAUUGAGCUUAGCCCGAAGAAGACAGUCGAAGGGGCAGUGUUUGGGCUAGCCUCGGCAAUCUGUGUGUCGGUGGUGCUCUCCAUGGCCUUCAGCUGGCCUCCCAAGCCCAUCAGUGCUGCGGUGCUUGGGGUGAUUGUCUUUGCCUCGUCUCUUUUUGGUGAUCUAUUCGAGUCGGCACUCAAGCGACAGGCUGGGGUGAAGGAUGCUGGCUCGCUCAUUCCGGGUCAUGGAGGCAUCCUGGAUCGCACCGAUAGUUACAUCUUCACGGCCCCGGCGAUUUACCUUUUCAUCCGCUAUGUUCUUCCGAAACUAGCUUAGGUUGCUGCUUAGAAACGACGCAACAGCGCAUUUGGGUAGGGAGUAUGGAUUUUAGGUUUCUUGCAGUAGAAACCAUAUCUUGGUGCUAUGAAGAACAUUAGAUUCCCAUCUUUGUAUGUUGCAUGACAUAUAUCCACCAUCAGCAGCAUGUUGUACUGUAACAAGGUAAUUUCGCCAACC